UUCUUAUUUUAGCUGGCUCCUGACCUGAGGGCAUUUUCCACCUAAUAUGAAAUCAGCUGAGAGGACGAUCAAUGAGGACAGAGGGAGAGAAGCGAGGGAAAGAGAGGAAGAGAACGAGGGAGAGAAUGGAGGGAUGAUGUACAGUAUCUAUCCAAAUCCAUGGAGCCAAAGGGGGGGGGGUGAUAGAGAUGAGAGAUGAGUGAGAUGAGAGAGAGAGAUGAGAGAGAGAGAGAUACUGUACAGUAUCAGUGGGUUCUGCAGCCAGAGAUCCAGUAGUCAUCGUGGAAGGCUGGACACCAGAGCCCUGCUAGAGUGGAUUUGUGCAGCAGUGUAGGAGGUUAGCCGUGUAGCCGUAAAGGAGUGCUGGAGGCAGUGCAUCUCUGCAGAGCUACAACCUGGCCUGUGGAAGAGCUGUCCUGGAGUGUUUCUCUGUCUGUACCAUUAACAGCCUGGGAGAGAUGGACAGUCACAACCACAGCCACAGGAGGCAGGAGGCUCAGUCCACUGACAUGGAGUUGAGGAUCCUGGUGGUGGGGUCCAGUGGACCGUCUCAGUUCUCCCUGACCAACUCUAUCCUGGGGCGGGAGGAGUUCUCCAAGGACGUCACCAGCAUCGUCCAGAGCAGGAAGAACCUGGGGGACGUUGCCGGGACGCGUGUUGCUGUGGUCAACGGACCCAACCUCUACGGGAAGCACCUGUCCCGCACCAAGAUGAAGACAGAGAUGAAGAGGUGCAAGUGUCUGUCAGCCCCUGGCCCUCACGCCCUGCUCAUGGCCUUUGACCUGGAGCAGAUCUGCCCCAACGACGUCAAGACGCCCAAGCUGAUGGUGAAGCGUUUCGGUGAAGAUGCACUUUCCCACACCAUAGUCCUCCUGGCCUACGAGGGGGACGUAGACAUUCUGGCCCUGGAGAACCGGGUCAGCACCGACUGGCACAUCCGGGAGCUCAUCGAGCAGUGCGGCGGGCGCUACCACGUCUUCAACAAGAACUGGAGGGACCGUUCUCGAGACAAGGAGCUCCUCCAGAAGAUUGAACGGAUGCUGGCAACCCUGGACGGGCAGCACUACACCAGCCGCUCUUACGGGCAGGCGGAGGAGAGCGUGAGGAAGGAAGAGAGGAAGCUGCUGAAGAAGAGGGCGGCGGAGACGGAGGAGGCGUGGAGGGAGCUGGAGCAGCAGUACCGGGGGGAGGCGCUGCGCUGGCAGAUGGACGCCUACAACAACAGCGUGGGAGCAGAGAUCAGGGCUAAAGCCGAGAUGGACAACGGAUGGUUGAGGACGUCGCUCGCCGUAGGGGCGGGGUUGGGGCUGGCCGCGGGGGCCGCCAUGGGGAUGGCGAUGGGGGCGGUGGCGGGAGCGACGGGGAUGACGGUGGGAGGGGCUUUCGGAGGGUUGAUGGGCGGGUCGGCGGGUGGGACGGCCCAGGUAGCGAUAGAACACCUGGAGGACAGAGUGGGACCACACGCUACUAACUUCAACACGGUUUUCAUCAACCGCUUCUUCAGACCACCACGGUCAUGACAUGGAGGAAGUGUUUAUGACUGGAACCAGGUAGUAGUUACUGGAACUGGUACUGAUUGUGUGAUAGAUGGUCUCUAUCUGACUCAACUCUAAACCACUGCUACAAUAUGCUGCAUUCGUGACGGGAACUCGGAACCUAGGAGUGAACAUUAACCUAAGUUAUUUGCGUAGAGCUUCCUAUUGGUUCAUUCUGAUACUUUCCAAGUGGGAAACUCAGGUGUCAUCUCUCUACGAGUUUUCAAGUACUAGUUACCUAGCAAGAGUAUGUGUGUGUACCUGUAUAGAGAAUAUCCUCUUAACUCUUACUGCAAGUCGAGGUAGUAUUUUAGGAUUAUACUGAGUAGAUAUAGGUUCACUUGAAAUAGUUAUACUUUACCAUGAGGCUAUUUAUUCAGUAGACUGCUAUAUGGACAGGUUGAGGAUAUAUAUUCAGUAGACUGCUAUAUGGACAGGUUGAGGCUAUUUAUUCAGUAGACUGCUAUAUGGACAGGUUGAGGAUAUAUAUUCAGUAGACUGCUAUAUGGACAGGUUGAGGCUAUUUAUUCAGUAGACUGCUAUAUGGACAGGUUGAGGAUAUAUAUUCAGUAGACUGCUAUAUGGACAGGUUGAGGCUAUUUAUUCAGUAGACUGCUAUAUGGACAGGUUGAGGCUAUAUAUUCAGUAGACUGCUAUAUGGACAGGUUGAGGCUAUUUAUUCAGUAGACUGCUAUAUGGACAGGUUGAGGCUAUUUAUUCAGUAGACUGCUAUAUGGACAGGUUGAGGCUAUUUAUUCAGUAGACUGCUAUAUGGACAGGUUGAGGCUAUAUAUUCAGUAGACUGCUAUAUGGACAGGUUGAGGCUAUAUAUUCAGUAGACUGCUAUAUGGACAGGUUGAGGCUAUUUAUUCAGUAGACUGCUAUAUGGACAGGUUGAGGCUAUUUAUUCAGUAGACUGCUAUAUGGACAGGUUGAGGCUAUAUAUUCAGUAGACUGCUAUAUGGACAGGUUGAGGCUAUAUAUUCAGUAGACUGCUAUAUGGACAGGUUGAGGCUAUAUAUUCAGUAGACUGCUAUAUGGACAGGUUGAGGCUAUUUAUUCAGUAGACUGCUAUAUGGACAGGUUGAGGCUAUUUAUUCAGUAGACUGCUAUAUGGACAGGUUGAGGCUAUUUAUUCAGUAGACUGCUAUAUGGACAGGUUGAGGCUAUUUAUUCAGUAGACCGCUAUAUGGACAGGUUGAGGCUAUAUAUUCAGUAGACUGCUAUAUGGACAGGUUGAGGUUAUUUAUUCAGUAGACCGCUAUAGUGCCUUCAGAAAGAAUUCACACCCCUUGACUUUUUUCCACACUUUGUUGUGUAACAAGGUGGGAUUAAAAUUGAUUUAAUUGUAAUUUAUUGUCAACGAUCUACACAAAAUACUCUGUAAUGUUAAAGUGGAAGAAAAAAAUCUAACAAUUGUAAAGAAAUUAUGAAAAAUGAAACACUAAUAGAUUAUUUAAUUAUUCAACCCCCUGAGUCAAUAUAUGUUAGAAUCACCUUUGGCAGCGAUUACAGCUGUGAGUCUUUCUGGGUCUCUAAGAGCUUUACACACCUGGAUUGUACAAUAUUUGCACAUUAUUCUUUCUAAAAUUCUUCAAGCUCUGUCAAGUUGGCUGUUGAUCAUUGCUAGACAGUACUUUUCUAGUUUUGUCAUAGAUUUUCAAGAAGAUAUAAGUCAAAACUAUAACUAGGCCACUCAGGAACAGUCUAUGUAAUUUUGGUAAAUAACUCCAGUGAUUUUUUGGCCUUGUUUUUAAGGCUAUUGUCUUAAUGAAAGGUGAAUUUUUCUCUCUCUCUGUUGGAAAGCAAACUGAACAUGGUUUUCCUCUAAGAUUGUACCUGUGCUUAGCUCUAUUCCAUUUAUUUUUAUCCCCCAAAAAACUCCCUAGUCCUUGCUGAUGACAAGCAUACUCUUAACAUGAUGCAGCCACCACCAUGCUUGAAAAUAUAAAGAGUGGUACUCAGUGUAGGGUUGGAUUUCCCCCAAACAUAACGCUUUGUAUUCAGGACAUAAAGUACAUUUCUUUGCAACGUUUACCUUAGUGCCUUAUUGCAAACAGGAUGUAUGCUUUUAUUAUUUUUAUUCUGUACAGGCGUCCUUAUGUUCACUCUGUCAUUUAGGUUAGUAUGGUGGAGUAACUACAAUGUUGUUGUUUGUUUAUUUAUUUGUUUUGGGGGGUAGAUCAUCUUUAAUAUUGCAGAUAGAUUGUAGGUUUUAUCAAUUUAAUUGUUUGCAUAAUUUCCAAUCCCCCUUAUUUUUUUUAUUUUUUUUUGCUCACAUCUGCGGUACCUGUAGUUAAAUAAUUACACAUAUAUUCCUAAUUUCCUCUUUCUUCAAGUGCUGGAUUGUCACGACUUCCGCCGAGGUCGGCCCUUCUCCUUGUUCGGGUGGUGUUCGGCGGUCAACGUCGCCGGCCUUCUAGUCACCAUCGAUCUAUUUUUCAGUUUCGUUUUGUUUUGUCUGUAUUGUACACACCUGGUAUCAAUUCCUUCCAUCAUGUUCCCUAUUUAACCACUCUGUCUUUCAUUGAUGUUUGUCCGUGAUUGUUUGUACGUUAGGUGUUGAUGUCGAUACGUGUUCGUAUUUGUUUCUUUCCAUUGUAUGGAAUUGUGCACAUAUUUUGAGUAAAGACUCUGUGGUUUUCGCUCAGACCUGCUUCCUGCGUUUGACUCCAAACAUUCUCCUCACACAACCCUGACAUGGAUUUUCACCCACAGUGGCCAACCCACCAUUCAUUCUGAUGUUAACUCCAACCCUCCGACGUCCACAGAUUAACCCAUAUUUCCCAGAAUAAUGCCAUUUAGCUAUUUCCUUUAGCAAUACAUCCCUCCAUUUUACUGUGACGUCGUACGAGGAUCCUGAACCUUCCUAUUUGUAACAUUUCUACCGAUAUUGCCCUAAAAAUCAACACUUUACCACAGAGAAUGAUAAUAUUUCCCAUUGACUGAUGGUGGUUUUUCAGAGCCCCUAACAAUACAGUUUUGCAGGUCCAUCUGAACCCUGAUACUAUGACAUAACAACCAUUCCUGGACCUGACUCCAAAAGCGAGCCAGCGAUGGACAGUACCAGAAGAUAUGUUUUAUUGGUUGUGUUUCCUUGUGGCGGUCUGCAUAACGCUGACUGUUCAGUGCCCCAUACUGCCCUACCAAGCAGAAAGGCAACAACUGCUCAUAGUGUGGAACUGAGAAAAAUGUAUUUUAUUUACCUUGGUUUCACAGUAACCUAGUACAAUUACUGCUAAUAUGACCCCCAUAUGACCCCCAUUUGACCCCCAUUUGUCUACAUGAUUAAGCGUGUAUUUAAUGUAGAAAAAAAUGACAUGAACUAAUUUUCUACCAAAUCAGCAGUUACUGCCUUUUGCUUGGUAGGGCAGCAUAUAUUGAGCAUUCUUUUUGUAGCAAGUAUUUUACUGUAUAUAAUAGCUUCAAUUGAAAUGAACAGAUUGAUGUGUCAAUUGUUUUUUAAAUGUCAGUUCUUAGACUCGUUCAGAAAAACCUGUUCCCAAUGUACUUGAAUUUCUUAUGGUGUUGCUGUCAAACACGUUUGACUUUCCUGCUAGAGCCAUGAUGAAAUAUAUAAACUGUAAUAUCACUACAUAAUAAAUCAGCAACUCCUCCCUUAAAUGGAUCGCUGUUUCCCAUUCCUCAGUUUCUAGAUUCUAUCUAUUUUGCUAAGUUUUCAAUCAAAGUUAAUAGUUACAAGAUCUCUAAGCUUUUCUGGGAUACGUACAUCAAGCACAUGAACUUCACCGUCUGCCUAUUUAACCGGGAGACCUCAUCAAAUCAAAUUUCACUGGUCACAUACACGUGUUUCGCAGAUGUAGCGAAAUGCUUGUAAUGACAAUUUAAAGUUUGUAUCUUUUAGAGACUAUAUGUAACAGUUUAACUUUAGACCGUCCCCUCGCCCCGACGCGGCCUUUGUGGAGCGAUGGGUAACGAUGCUUCGUGGGUGACUGUUGUUGAUGUGUGCAGAGGGUCCCUGGUUCGCGCCUGGGUCGGGGCGAGGGGACGGACUAAAGUUAUACUGUUACAUAUAUCCAUAAUAUAGUGUACUCAUCAGAGUUGGGUUUUAGAGAAACUGGAGACAUUAUCCAGGUCCUCAAUGAGGCCCUUCAAGGUUGAAGAUUGAGGAAUCAAGAGAAAUCUUGAAUCACCGGAAUACAUUGAUACUUUUGUCUCUAUUGCCUUACUUUUUUGCCUCUUAAUGUUAUCAUUAGACCUUAAUGUUAUCAUUAGACCUUCAUGUUAUCAUUAGACCUUCAUGUUAUCAUUAGACCUUCAUGUUAUCAUUAGACCUUCAUGUUAUCAUUAGACUUUCAUGUUAUCAUUAGACCUUCAUGUUAUCAUUAGACCUUAAUGUUAUCAUUAGACCUUAAUGUUAUCAUUAGACCUUCAUGUUAUCAUUAGACCUUCAUGUUGUCAUUAGACCUUCAUGUUAUCAUUAGACCUUAAUGUUAUCAUUAGACCUUCAUGUUAUCAUUAGACCUUAAUGUUGUCAUUAGACCUUAAUGUUGUCAUUAGACAGUUCUACUACAAUGCUAUUGAUCCAUCCUCAGUUUUCUCCUAUCACAGCCGUUAAACUCUGUAACUGUUUUAAAGUCAUCAUUGACCUCAUGGUGAAAUCCUUGAGCGGUUUCCUUCCUCUCCGGCAACUGAGUUAGAAAGGACGCCUGUAUCUUUGUAGUGACUGAGUUUAUUGAUACACUAUCCACAGUGUAAUUAAUAACUUCACCAUGCUCAAAGGGAUAUUCAAUGUCUGUUUUUUUAAAUUUACCUUUCUACCAGUAGGUGUCCUUCUUUGCGUGUCUUUGGAAAACCUCCCUGGUCUUUGUGGUUGAAUCUUUCAAAUUCACUGCUCAAUUUAGGGACCUUACAGAUAAUUGUAUGUGUUGUGUACAGAGAUGAGGUAGUCAUCCAAAAAGCAUAUUAACCACUAUUACGGCACACAGUGACUUAUACAACCUAUUAUGUGAAUUUUUAAGCAAAUAUUUACUCCUGAAAUUAUUUAGGCUUGCCAUAACAAAGGGUUUGAAUAAUUAUUGACUCAAGACAUUUCAGCUUUUCAAUUUUGUAUUAAUUUGUGAAAAUGUGGAAAAACCUAAUUCCACUCUGACAUUAUGGGGUAUUGUGUCUAGGCCAGUGACACAACCUCUCAAUGUAAUCCAUUCUAAAUCCAGACGGUAACACAACAACAUGUAGAACAAUCCAAGGGGUGGGAAUACUUUCUGAAGGCUGAAGUUGGCUUUGCGAUUCAUACAGGUACGUUUAUGUCAUACCAAUAGAUGUCACGCCAAGUCGUAGGGAGCUACAACAAUGUCAUACCAAACAUGCAUACAAUCCGUCAAAAAUGUAGAUAUUUAGGAGUGUUUUUGUAAGAUGUGAAAGUGUAAGAUCCCUAUGGGAUUUCUGUUAUGGAUCUCCAUUCAAUUCCUAAUAAACUGCCUGGCCAUU